UCUUUUCGCGAGAUUUCCCAAUGUACGUGAACGCAGCAUACGGCCAAACCGAGCCUCCGUAGUGCGUCACAUGUUGACUAGGUUAGCUAGGUUAGCUCGGUUAGCUAGCUGAUGCUACCGACAGCUUGGAGAAGAUUAGCAAGUCAAAGACAAAAACGAACAAUUAUCAAGAUAAUUGUGCUGCUGUUGUCGGCACGCUGUACUUUGCUUUGACAUGCCUUAAUAGCUCCGCGUGUAGUUGGAUAGAAACACACCUGUUAAUGUUGUAUUUAUUGUGACAAGCUAAUGUAGCUAGCUUGUUUGCUAGCUAGCCAGGAAGAGCUGACAUCUCCCUGUUGGCUUCAGGUGAGCUGACACAGUCAACAUACUGUAGGAGCUGGAAUAAAGAGAGCUCCAGAUGCGGCUAAAGGACCCCUUCUCUUUGAAAGCCGCCGAUAUGACUAAGCGGACUAAUAAACCGAGGAAACCUCGAGAUGAGGAAUCAUCAGAUGAAGUCAGUGGGUUGACUUGCCAGCAUGUGAGUAAAGCAGUGGACCUGAGCUCAGUGAAGAAAUCAGUGCUCUCCAACGUGUGGUUCGUGUGCUCUGAGUGCCUAAAGGAGAGGACCAUGAUCGAUGGAGAGCCGGCAGCAUCCCAUGACAUCCUGGUGUGCUUAAAGUGUGGCUUCCAGGGUUGCAACCAGUCAGGGAUCCAGCACGCUGUCAAGCACCACCAAGCUUUCCAUCCAGAGUCUCACUGCAUCACCAUCAGCUUGAGCACGUGGAAGGCCUGGUGUUUUGAAUGUAACGAGGAGCUCUCCACUCACUGCAACAAGAAGGCUUUGGCUCAGACCCUGGACUUUUUACAAAAGCACUCUGUCAAGGCAACAUCAGGAGCAUCACCCAAGAUCAUCAAGCUGCAAGAGGACCCAUCAGAUUAUACUGACUCGUCCAAAGGCAAGAGUCCAGCCACCAACAGCACCUUGGUCCCCGUCAAAGGCAUAAAUAACCUCGGUAACACCUGCUUCUUCAACGCCGUUAUGCAGAACCUGUCUCAGACUCACAUGCUCAUCGACCUCAUCCAGGAAGUGAAGGACAAAGGAUACAAAAUGAGGAUCAGCCCCACUCUUGAUACCAAUGUGAGUCCUUUGACAGUAGCGCUGCCCAGUCCAGAGCCCCUGACGGCGGCCAUGUUUCUCUUCCUCCAGAGCAUGAAAGAUCCGGGGAAAGGCCCGAUCAAUCCCAAGAUCCUCUUCAACCAGCUCUGCCAGAAGGCUCCGCGCUUCAAGGGCUACCAGCAACAAGACAGCCAGGAGCUUCUGCACUAUCUACUGGACUCCAUACGAGUAGAGGAAACUAAAAGGGUGAAAGCGGGAAUCCUGAAGGCUUUCAACAAUCCCACAGAAAAGACGGCAGAUGAGGAGACCAAACGGCAAGUCAAAGCGUACGGAAAGGAAGGUGUGAGGAUGAACUUCGUUGACCGCAUUUUUGUGGGCGAGCUGACCAACACAAUUAUGUGUGAAGAGUGUGAGCAUAUCUCCACAGUGAGGGAGGCUUUCAUAGACAUAUCUUUACCCAUCAUAGAGGAGAGGAUGUCAAAACCAUCCAACCCUAGUAGGCUGGGGAAGGGCAGCCGGGAGCAGGACGCCCACGUGACUCACAGUGACCAGGUUCUUUCUGCAGCACACUCCGUCAACAGAAACACCAGGAAGCUUAGUGGACAGAAGCAGCAGAGCAGGAGGUCUUCGAGCUCCGUGGAGGAGAAGGGAGCAGGCUGCAGUGCAGAGCGGCCAGAGGAGGAGGGGCUAGCUGGUGGAUCAGCCCGCGGCGUCUCCGUUUGCAAGAUGGCCGCUGCCGGCAGCCUAUCAGAUGGCAGUGAAAGAGACUCGGGUGCUCAGGACAGCAGUAAUGACGCUGACAGCGAGGCCUCAGAAAGCGAGUGGGCCCCGCGCACCUCCUCCAGCCACAGCCACGGCCACAUGUCCACUCCAUCGUCCACGUCCACCCUCACCCCGUCCCCUACGCCCGUCUCCGCCUCCUCCCCCUCGUCCACAUCCUCCAUGAGGCAAGGUUGCGUUGUGGAUCAGCUAGUUACUGCGGUGUCUAAAGUCAACCUCGGGUUCACUUCUGUGGACUGCUCUCCUUCUACGCACUGUUCUCCAGAGGAGCAGGGAGAAACGCAUUCACGAGAUAACCUCCACCAUCAGCACCACCAGGGGGCCUUCCAGGCGCUGUCCCACAGUUACACACCCAGCUCCAAGGAGUGCUCCAUCCAGUCCUGCCUCCACCAGUUCACCUCUGUGGAACUGCUGAUGGGCAACAACAAGCUGCUGUGUGAGAGCUGCACUGAACGCAGACAGAAACAGCUGCGUAAGAGCAGCUCAGCCGACAAGAAAGUAGAGAAAAUUUACACCAGUGCUAGGAAGCAAAUUCUGAUCUCCUCGCUGCCUCCGGUCAUCACAUUGCAUCUGAAACGCUUCCAUCAGGCAGGGAUGAACUUAAGAAAAGUGAACCGCCAUGUUGAUUUCCCCCUGAUCUUGGAUCUGGCUCCAUUCUGCUCGGUCUCCUGCAAGAACCUGGCAGCUGGUGAGCGUGUCCUCUACAGCCUGUAUGGGAUUGUCGAACACAGCGGCUCGAUGCGGGGGGGCCACUACACUGCAUAUGUAAAAGUGCGAGCUCCCCAGAGGAAAAUAGAACAGCACCACAGGAACCUGUCAGGAGCGAGGGACGCCGGCAGCAGCUUCCAGGGCCAGUGGGUGUACAUCAGCGAUACCACUGUUCAGACGGUACCAGAAUCAAGGGUACUCAACUCUCAGGCAUACCUGCUCUUCUACGAGGAAUUGCUGUAACGUGACUAGCAAAAGUAUUUUUCCCCCUAGAUCUCCGUUUUGCUUUGUAUUGUUUGUUUUUUUGGUACAGGCCUGUAAAACUCCUCACACUGUGUCUGUGAGCAGGUGGAGGGAAGAAAAAGGGAAAGACCUCACUGUACACUCACUUGUCUUACAUGAGCGGAAUUUUGUCAUUUGCAUUCAAAUUCUCUAUAAACCCAACCCCCUCUGAAUAUCUUAGAUACAUAAAAGAUAAACAUCAGAUGUUAUUAUUUUCAUCCAUGUUUCAAAACUCCUACCCUUUAACAAGAGGUCGGGAGAAAAGAGUGUUACUGAGCCUGAGCUGUUCUAAGUUUAUCGUCUCUCUCUGUCACGAACGCGUGCCUGAGGUAUUAACUGCAUGGAGUUUUUUCUACAGUUACAGGAAAUAAGCAGAAUGAUCGCAUGCUAAACUGUGCUCAGCACUGACUAGUUGAUGUCAAGUGUGUGUGUGUGCGUGUGUGCACAUACACACAUGUAUGAGUGAAUGAGUGAGUGAGAGACAGGAGAAUGUAGAUUUAAGGUGCUAUGUGUAUCAUUUUCACACCGUAAACCAUCGGCACAUUCAAUUUGAGUUAGUAAUCGUAGUCAGUGUAAUUAACGUAAAUACUUGUUCAUGUCUGCGUUUGUUGUGGAGGCACCGGCUCAGUUCAGAAGUGUGCUUACUUGUUUCUGGCAAUGGCAGAUGAUAGAUGAUAAGAAAUGCCAUAAGAAAAAGACAUGUUUGUCCUUUUCAGUAGAGAGAAUGAAACAUGAGGACAAGUAGCGACAUCAGAGUUGAUGGGAAAUACAGGCGUGCAUUUGAGAAACUCAAGCACUAAUAAUGCAGCGCUAAUAGUGUUAAAGGACCAGUGUGUAGGAUUUAGGGGAUCUAUUGGCAGAAAUGAAAUAUAAUAUUCAUUAUUAUGUUUUCAUUAGUGUAUAAUCACCUGAAACUAAGGGUGCGUUCACACCUAACCUGUUCGGUUUGGUUAAAUCGAACUCCAAUCGGUCCGUUUGUCUGGUUAGUACGGUUUGUUUGGGCUGGUGCGAAAGCUGUCGAUCGAACCCUGGUGUGGACCAAACAACCGAACCGAGACUGCCUAAAAAGGCGGUCUCUGUCUGCUUUCAAGUGGACGGUUCGUUUGUGGUGUGAAAUCAAACAAACAACCACAAGACUUUAUGAUAGCAGAUUUGUGAUUUUAGCAUAAUUUCAACAGCUAAACUAAUAAAUCCAAUUAAAGAUCGUGACAUCUGUUCAGGAGGCGAUCUUACUGAUCUGUAUUUAAGGCCAUGCCAGGAUUUUUUCCCUCAUGAAUAUGUCAAAAUCUGUAAAACUGCUGUCCUUGUAUCCGACUCCGUGUAUUUUGUCAGUUCAAUAACUCGAUUAAAAAGUGUACGACAGCGACACCACAGUAAUACACCUCAUGCGCAUAUCCGUGAACUCCCCGACGUUCGCACCAGUCAUCUGGGAGCAUGCAAGUGGGCUUUUAUACAGUCCUGUCUCUGCUAUUAUUCAUCAUAACAUGUGGUUGAUUUGCAGUCUAAUAAUGCUUAUGAAUAGUUAUUAAUUAAAGAACAUAAAUAUUCACAUCAGAAGCAUUAAAGUGCUGCAUAAAAUUCUGCAAGUCACUGGAAUUUGAUUUCUCCAAUGUGGGCCCUGAUGAUGCAGCAUGAUAAUCAGUGAGUUACCUGUCAGUCUGUAUGAGCCCUUCAUGUCUACAUACAGUAGGGACUGAGUCCUCUUCACGUAGCCGGCCAUGUUUCUACGGUAGCCCAGAACGGACAAACCAAACACUGGCUCUAGCGAGGGGCUUUGCGCGUUUUCACGUUGCGAAGAGGCAGCAUGAAUUUGGUGACCACCUGUCGUAUACACGCUAGAUGCCACUAAAUCUUUUACACUGGUCCUUUAAAUAGCAGCUAGUAAUUGUCUCAGUCUUUGCCCUAUUUAUUUAUGCUUAUGUUAAUAACCAAGCUAUCACAGCUUACAGUAGUUUACAUCUCCGUACUGGUUUAAAUUGUUACACAUAGCACCUUUUUAAAGAACAGCACAACAGUUAUUUUACAGCCUCUUUUGAAAAGGAUUGUUCUUUUCUUUUUUACAUCAGAAUGUAAAAAUGUAAGACUAUCAGUGAAUUACAUUUGCCAAAGACAAGUUUUUUGCAAAUCAGAGCAGAAAAUCCAAACCAAACACACGUGGAGUUGACUUCAUACGGUUUUCUUUAAAAUUUGUCCUCUCAAGGUCGUCAGUGUGGUUCUCGAGUGGCGUUGCACAGGAACAAAAACGUACUCGACGUGUAUCAGCACCUUGUCUGCCUUCAUUGUGUUUCAGCUCUACUGUAACUGUGGUAGGAACGCUCACAAACCCAUUAAGAUGUUCAACAGAGAGUCAGCGCCGUGACGAUCCCUAACACUAUCAGCGAGGUUGAGCAAAACAUAACUAUAACAAAAAAAGAAACAAAGGCUUUAAAGCCUGACUAUAAAAACACAUCGUUGCUGUAAUGUGCAUGGGUCAAUGUUCUAAUGAAUGUAUUGCCUAUUCUUGAAAUGUCUGUCAAAUGAGCUGUUCAUCUUUUUCUAUGAAAAUAUUUUAGAUGAAAAAAAAAAACUUGGUUUGUUGGACAUUUGCCAAAACAGUAGAAGGGAGCGGGUUGAACAUCACAAUCUGUAUUAUUUUCUUUUGAAACGAGGACAAAUUCAGUGCCUAUGCUUCAGGUUUAAGAAACCUGUGCAUGGUGAAAAGAGAUAUGCACAGUCCAAUGCAAAGAGGGACAUGUGUGGCGUAUUUAUGUACAGUAUAAGUUACUGUAAGCAAAAAUAAUAAGGAGCAUAUGUAAUUGUACAUACUAGAAACGAUACAAAAACCAUGGUGCUUCAGGCCUGCAGGGUUUUCUCCUCAAGUUUUUUUGUUUCCGGGGAAAACAUUUAAUUCCAUUUAUGAAAUGAUAAACAUUUGGAAUGAGUAUAACUAUAAAACGGUAUCAAAAUAAAUCUAAUUUAUGAACUGAA